CCAUCGUAAAAAUACACCAACAAGCAAACACACAUACCUUUCAGACUACACGACUAUUGUUUAAGGAUCUUGAGAGUGCUGAAGAAUGAUAUUUACCGUGGGUAGCAGAUUAUUGUAUAUUAAAUGAAUUCCAUUGGCCUGACUUACCUGCUGAAGAUGGGAUGUGUGUGUGGUAGAGAAAAUCUCAGGAUCAGUGACAGACGCUUCAUCGUGCGCUCCAGACUUGGAGAAGGAGGAUUCAGCUAUGUUGAUCUCAUCGAGGAUGCACGCACACACAGAACUUAUGCUCUUAAGCGGAUCACUUGUCACUCAAAGGAUGAGGAGCGAACAGCUAUGCAGGAAGUGGAAUUAAUGAAGACAUUCAAACACACAAAUCUCAUCCCACUGGAGGCAUCCACUAUGAUACAAGUUGACAAGUACACCAAGACACUUGAUAUCAUCAGUGAGGUCCUUAUUGUGAUGCCUUAUUAUUGUAAAGGUUCAGCUCAAGAUAUUAUGGAAAGGUUGCUGAAGAAAUCUGAUAGAUUACCAGAGCAGAGGGUAUGGGAGAUCUUCCUUGGUUUAUGUCAGGGCCUCAAAGUACUCCACAAACACAACCCACCUUAUGCACACAGAGAUAUCAAGCCAGGCAAUGUGAUGCUGUCAGAUGAUGGACAAGCAGUUUUGAUGGACCUGGGUUCUGCUGCCAAGGCCAGAGUCGAGAUCAGUACACCAUCUAUAGGAAGAGCCUUACAGGAUGAAGCAGCAGAAAGAUGUUCCAUGUUAUACAGAGCACCCGAGCUCUUCAAUGCAGAGGUGGGAACAACUGUGGAUGAACGGACUGACAUCUGGUCACUAGGUUGUACCCUGUAUGCGUUGGCAUUUCUGGAGUCUCCAUUUGAUCGUGCCUACCAGAGAGGUGACAGUAUUGCUUUGGCUGUGCUCAGCGGAAAUGUUAAGUUUCCAGAAAAUUCGGGAUAUUCUGGCGGUAUACAGGAGACGAUACUGCGGUUGAUGAAACCGAGUGCUGCUGAGCGUCCAUUUAUAGAUGAAGUCCUACAACUGGUACAGACUAACUCUUACUCGUCUGGUAAUCGAGUAUGACCCUCCAUAAAAUUUGUAUACUUAACAAAUUAUGUUGUGUUCAGUAAG